CAGACCGAAUCCAUUGCCCGAGAACCCGUAGUACCUAUGUUGAAGGUGACACGCGCGUUUUCCAUAAAAGAACGCACUGUUGAGUUUUUCUUGUGAUCAUAAAUCACAGUUUUGCAUCAUUCGUCGAUGAAACUUCAUUAUCCAAAUAAUCAUCUAGAUAAUACAUUAUUCGAGUGAAAGUUAUUCGAAUAGUUUCCAAACACAACACUUUAGUGGAUAGAGGACAGUGAAACCCGUACAAGAACAUGGCCACGGAGAGCACACCUCUGACCAGCGAUGACUUUUCUUCGAUAUCGGCUUCGCCAUAUGAAUCGUUUUCAAAAUACGACGGCCCACGGUCGUGCGUCAAAGCCAGAUACUGUGUUUACGCCGUCAUCUUAUCUCUGGCGGUCAUGGCCUGCAUCGUGGGCAUUUCACAUUAUGUAGACCGUUCAGACGAACCGGUACGACCCGACCAAGUGCUGUUGCAGCUCGGUUGGCCGUUGCCGGAAAAUUCUACAUCAAUUAUUCAAAAGGCAGUUAUAAACGCGACCGGCGACGACUUAACGUUGGCGGUGGAACGAGGUCGCAAAAGUUUGCAAGCCAAAGAGGAUUUGGAAAAAAACUUGCCGGCAAUCGACGACGGCACUCCGUCUUACCGUCACCAGCAAAUGAUGAAGUCCGGACCGGAAUCGAUGCGAAUCGCGCGCGACGGCUACGUUGAAAACGUUGCCACCGAAAAAUUGAGAGAAGCUUUGAAUAUUUCAAAAGAAAAAGACGCCGUGAUUUUGACGGUUAACGUUACAGUUUUCACUAACCCCGAAUGCAUCAACCUGGCACCGACCGUCUGCCCUGCACAAAGUCGGUACAGAACAGUAAACGGCACUUGUAACAAUAUCUUAGAACCUCUGAAAGGCUCGUCUUUGACGACGUUUCGCCGAGCCAUACCGGCCGAUUAUUCCGACGGUGUUUGGAAGCCAAGAAAAUCGUCGGACGGUUUGGAUUUGCCGUCAUCGAAACUAGUAGCCGACCGAGUCCACCGUCCGUCUUACGAGGAAGAUCAAGAUUUUACUGUGAUGUUGGCUGUUUGGGGACAAUUCAUGGAUCACGACAUUACAGCCACGGCUUUGAGUAAAGGUCAUAAUGGAAGCGCAAUAUCCUGUUGUGGUUUGAAAAACACUACACAUCCUGAGUGCUUCCCAGUUAUUAUGUCGGAAGGAGAUAGCAAAUGCGGCGAUUGCAUGGAGUUUGUGAGAUCCGCACCGGCGUCAAAGUGUAGUUUCGGGCCAAGGGAGCAACUCAACCAAGCCAGUUCGUUUCUAGACGGUUCGGCAGUGUACGGCAAUAGUCAGAAUUUACAAAACGAUCUCAGGUCGUGGGAAGGCGGCCGGAUGAAGGUGUUUGUAUCCGAAUUUGGCGCGAGUUUGUUACCACCCAACAAAGAUCCAAAAGACGGAUGUAACGAGCAAGUCGAAAUGCAAAAAGGGCGAUACUGCUUUUUGUCAGGAGACGCCAGAGCAAACGAAAAUAUGCACUUGACGACGUUGCAUUUGAUUAUGGUACGACAGCACAACUUGAUUGCCGGCAAAUUGUCGUCCAUGAACCCGCAUUGGUCGGACGAACGAGUUUUUCAAGAAACCAGACACGUCUUGGUCGCCCAAAUUCAGCACAUCACUUACAACGAAUUUCUGCCGAUAAUUUUGGGUGACGAUCUCAUGAAACGUCUACAACUUUACUCUCAAGAAAGCGGCUAUUGGAAGGGCUACAAUUCAUCAGUGGACCCGAGUAUAAGCAACAAUUUUGCCACAGCAGCAUUUCGGUUUGCUCACACGCUCAUACCGAGCAUGACAAAAUUCCUGCGGGACGACGACAGCAACCCCGAAUAUGUGGAAAUGAGAAAAAUGCUGUUCAAUCCGUAUAAGCUAUACACGUGCGGUGGCGUUGACAGCGUCAUCCGAGGGGCGAUGAACACCAGUGCUGGGAAAUCCGAUGCAUUUUUUACACCCGAGGUAACCCGACACUUGUUCGAGAGCAACGACAAAACGCGCAACAAAGGUCAAUGCAGUCUGGACUUGGUGUCGUUAAACAUACAGAGAGGACGAGACCACGGUUUACCGGCCUACCCGCAUUGGAGAAAAUUCUGCGGGUUUCCACGGCCUGAGAAUUUCGACAAUUUAAACGAUGUCGUCGAACAGACAACGUUACUGUCAAUAAAACAACUGUACAAGUCUGUCAACGACGUGGACGCGUACACAGGAAUGAUCUCUGAAAAACCUUUACCAAACGGUUUGCUGGGCCCGACUUUAACGUGUCUGUUGGCUGAUCAAUUUGUCCGGAUCAAACGUGGUGAUCGUUACUGGUACGAGACAGAAGAAAAGCCACAAGCCUUCGACGAAAAUCAACUGUCUGAAGUGCGGAAAACCACGUUUGCGGCAAUAAUUUGCGACAAUUCCGAAGAAAUUGGCUCAGUUCAGCCGCACGUGAUGCUCAAUUCUCGGCGAAUCGGCAACGACAGGGUGAGCUGCAAAAGUUUAAUAAAAAUGUCCCUCGACCCGUGGAGAGAACUAGGCGACAACACGGCUACAGCCCCAGGCCCGGAAACUUCCACUGUAUAGUGCAGCCGACAAGUAUAAUAUGCCGCGGUCCACAUUAUAUACAGAGUUUCACAUUUUUUAUUCAAACAACGAAAAAACAACUAAUUUAUUCGAAUAAUCUCUUUAUUCUAAGACGAUUUAUUCGAAUCAUAUUUUUAUUCGACCAAAUACAAGAUUAUUCAUUUGAAUAAAUUAUUCGACGGAUAUUCGAAUAAAAAAAUUGUUUAAAUAAUUAUUUAGAUAAAAAAUUAUCUAAAUAAUGUCCAACUCUGAUCAUAAGUAAUAAUGUCAUACGCCGUUUAUUUAACUCAAGUGGCGGUAAUCUGAAAAUCCUAAUUUUUAAAAUAAAACGCUCUAUAAGCCAUUUGAAAACCUAAUAGAUGUAUUAAAUACUAUUAUUUUUUUUUUUAUCAAAAAUAUUACUAUAGUAUAUAGCUGUGUACCUAAGUAAAAUGUUUUGGUGAAAUUAAAAAAAAAAAAGGUUAACUUUGAUUAUAGGUACAUUUUUUCAGAUUUUGGAUCUUCGGAUUCCAACGAAUCCGAAAUCCAAAAACCAUUUAUAUUUUUAACGUUGUGUUUCCAUUUUUACGUUUUCAUCAAAAAUAUUUUACAUGGGUACCUACACAGCUUUAUAUUGUAAUAAUAUAUAAUGCUUAAAAGAUUUUUAAAUAGCCUUUUUUUUGUUGAAAUCCGGAUUUUCGGAUUCCCAUCACUAAUUUUGAUCAACCGUACAAUAUGGCCGAGCCCUAUACUUACAUAAUUUGGUAUAUACUAUAUAGAUUUUUUAUACAAUUAUUCAUAGGGCAUGAGCGUCCAUAAGUAAAAUUAUAUUUUUUUUAAUGUAAGCUGAAUAAAGGUAUAAUGUUAUUUCAACAUUUAACAUGUGUAAACACAUUA